CUCCUCCUCUGGAACCCACAGUCAUCUGUCGAUCCAACACCUACCCUAAAGGCUUCUACUGCAGCUGGCAUCAGCUACACACCACCUACAUCCCCACUACCUUUGAAGUUGAUGUGCAACAUAACCACCGUUCAUUAGAAGUGCAGAAAGAUCCGGACCACAAGAACCGCUGUCGUGUACGUUUCCCUGAGGUCUUUUCCAGCUUCCCCUACAAAGUUAAUGUGACAGCAGUCAAUGCCUUGGGGAAAGCCUAUACCACCAUAGUAUUUGAAGAAUCCAGUAUAGUCAAACCAGACCCUCCAGAGCGUGUGACGGCGACUCCGAUCCGUUUGAACGCUCGGAGGCUGGAGGUUUCCUGGCAAAGCCCCGCCACAUGGCCUGACAUCGACAACUUCCCCCUGAAAUACUUCCUUCGAUACCGGCCACUCAUCCGGGAACAGUGGCAGCAUGUGGAGAUAUCUGACAGCACCUUCCACACCAUAACCGAUGCCUAUGCUGGGAAGGAGUACAUCAUCCAGGUGGCUGCAAAGGACACAGAGAUUGGAACAUGGAGUGACUGGAGUGUGGCUGUCCAUGCUACACCCUGGAUUGAAGAUCCUCUGCCAAUCACUUCAACAACUGAAGUGGACUUUCCUACUGAAACAAAGACCUCCCCCAUACCAUCCUCCAACGCACCACAAAAAGCUGAACCUCCAGUCGGCAGAGCUGCAAGACUCCUCACAUUUUUCUCCCCUUUGCUGUUAGGAAUGCUGCUGCUGUUCAUGUGAUGUAAAUGUCGUAUUCCUGAAGGGAGUGGGAGGAAGAGGAGGAGGGGGAGAGGCUAUUCUUUCUAUUUUGCACAUGUUUCAAGGAUACAGUGCAUUGAUCAUAUCUGUCCAUCAUGCCGUUUACUCACCAAGAUUACUUAGACAUGAAAUCAGACGAUGAUAAUGCCAUCGAGCAUUUUUUGAUUAUUGGUGACAGAGAAAUUCUUCAGAGGAACUUUUGGAAACGCCAUCAUCAUGAACAUCAUGAUCAUCAUCAUCCAGAACAACAAACACAGCAGCAACAGGAGCAACAACAAGAAGCGAGUAGUGUGCAGUAAAGGCAGACUUAGAAUACCCCCUGGUGGUUCUGAUGGGCCACAGCAGACUUUGUUUGGCAGACAACAGUUUGGGAAUCUCCUCUUCAGAAAUAAGAAAAUCAACUCCUGCGAUGACGGAAAAAAAAUCUCUCCAUGACCUUUGUAUUUUUUUUUUUAUGAUUAAUUGCUAGUCUUAAUUUUUGCUUUCUUCUGAAUCUUAAGCACUGUACAGACAAACACACACACACACACAUUAAAAGCAUGUGCGUUUGUGUGUAUAGUUACCGUAGCAGUCCCCAUACAGCUAAAUCAUCAUGCCAAAGACUCAACUUCACCCCCAACAAAGAUUCCCAAACAUUUCACUGAGCUUCCUGAACCUGAAGCCUGUGUCUGCCUUCAUCGUGGGUUAAAAACUCCACAAAGUUGUGUGAGUGAGUGCGUAUAUAGUGUGUAUGUGUGUGUGUGUGUGUGUGUGUGUGUGUGUGUGUGUGUGUGUGUGUGUGUGUGUGUGUGUGUGUGUGUGUGUGUGUGUGUGUGUGUGUGUGUGUGUGUGUGUGUUUGACACCUGAUUGCCACCCAACUCACAAGGGAUACAAAUGAAACUUGGGAUGGACCUGAGGAACCCUGCAGCUCCUGUUUGUGUAAAAGAUUAAACAAAGAGGCCACAGAAAUACUCAAUCUGACUGAAUCUGUCAACUUGGAUGACUGAAAGAAACAGACGGAGCGAGUCAAGGUUUUUUUUUUGGAUAUAAGGACUAACACUUUGAAGAAUUCAGUAACCAUAGUCUGGCUUAUUUAGACAGUUAGCUUUACACUGCUUUCAGCAACUGGCAAGGAAGACCUGGAUUGUACAAAUAAUAAUAAUAAAGUGGAAUUGAGACUGAACAUUUCUUUUCCCACAUAUUUUUUUUGUUUCCACUUUGGAAUUAGGGUGACAGAGUUGGUUAUCAUAAAUUGAUACAAGCUUUGUUGGGUUUUUCUUUUCAUUCUGUUCCGUGCUGUAAAAUACAAUAACACAAACAGUUUGCUUUCUAAAGCCUUUAAGAAACAUUUAAAAAAAAUGUCUUUUUGCAGUUUACAUUUCAAUAGCCAAUAUCACAAGUUAAUAUUAUGUUAUUCAAAGGAAUUUUGAUGUGUCUUAUUGUUUGUUUUUGUUUUUUAUUUUAUGGACAAGUAAUAAAAACACAUAGAGGAUUUUAGUUUUUUUUUUUCUCAGACAUUCAUAAUGGCUUAAUUCUCCUUGAUCCUAUUUUGUAAACUAUGAUAUGUAACUUUAACAUUGAACAAAAGGUUUAUUAUUUAAUAAUAAUAAUAAUAAUGUAUGUAUUAGCAGUAGAAUGUCGUAACCUGUACCUGGGGUCUUUUUUAUAGAUGUAUAUACAAUGACAGGUUUCAACCAUUAAAUGUGACCAUUUCACAAUGAA